GUACUUGACCUCACAGUCGUUACACGGAAGAUAUAUGUAGUUCCAUCUGGCUGGUCCAGACAUUUGAGCAUUGUGGAUAACACGAAAGCAUAAAAGUUUUCCGUGGCAGCCACAGUCCGAUGGACGCUUUCCAUAGUUAUAUGAUGUCUAAUUCGAGUAUGAGAAGAAAACCCCAUGAAACUGAACAAGCUUCAGACGUGAACGAGGAUGCAUAAAGUGUCUUCACUCUUUGGUGGAUUAUGGAACACAAGAUACCAACAAUUGCCUGAUACUUGCUCUAUUUUUCGACCCAAAAGUGGCAUUCAACUCUGUCGAUCGACAGAUUUUGUGACAAUGUCCGAGUGUGAAGACAGUACAAAAGAAGAAUAUCAUGCUUAUCAAGUUUUUCUACUAGAACACAGACAGGAGUGCAAGAACUAUGCAAAGUCGUCAUCUGAACUGACAAUUAAUGUCUUCAGGCAAGGACGUCCACUGUCAACAUUUUUAUUUAACUUUGUUAUAGAUGUGCCGAUGGAAAUAACGUUGCGUACCUCCAACUUCUCCGGGAUCGACUAACCCAUGGAAGAAAUGUGGCUGACUUAGAGUCUGCAAACAACACAAUCCUGUUAUACGAAAAUGGUGA